AUUUUGUUGGCCUUGGUAGCAGGAGAAGCAGCAGGGAUCAUGGAAAAUAUCAGUGAUGAUGUCAUUGUUGGACGGUGCCUUGCCAUCCUCAAAGGCAUAUUUGGUAGUAGCGCUGUGCCACAGCCUAAAGAGACUGUGGUGUCCCGCUGGCGUGCUGACCCGUGGGCCCGGGGAUCGUACUCCUAUGUAGCAGCUGGAUCUUCUGGAAAUGACUAUGAUUUGAUGGCUCAGCCAAUUACUCCAGGACCAGCCAUUCCAGGUGCUCCUCAGCCUAUUCCUCGUCUUUUUUUUGCGGGAGAACAUACAAUUCGCAACUACCCUGCAACUGUUCAUGGUGCUUUACUGAGUGGACUGAGAGAAGCUGGUCGCAUUGCAGAUCAGUUUCUUGGGGCCAUGUAUACUUUGCCUCGCCAGCCUACACCAGGGGUCCCCCAGCAACAAGCUACCAGCAUGUAAAAAAAGUAGAAGGUAUCAGAAGAGGAGUGACAAGACCACAGUGCUGCUGUUGUGGACUCUUUGGGAUGAAGAUAUUCACAUAUCUGUAACAGUAUCUGUUGAAUGGACU